UUUUGGAUUUGUGGGUUGGAAUUUGAUGUAUACUAAUAAUUGGAGGCCUGCUUCUCAAGGCAGAGAACCUGUCAUGGACACUGGUGAUUGGAGAAAUCACUUGCAGCCUGAUUCACGACAAAGAAUUGUCAACAAGAUUAUGGAUACACUGAAGAGGCAUCUUCCUUUUUCCGGUCAAGAGGGAUUGAAUGAACUCAAGAAAAUUGCUGGAAGGUUUGAGGAGAAGAUAUAUACUGCUGCAACAAGUCAGUCAGAUUAUUUGCGGAAAAUAUCUUUGAAGAUGCUUUCAAUGGAGUCAAAAUCUCAAAAUCCUAUGCCUAAUUCUUUGCCACCCAAUGCCACUGGUAAUAGCAACAAACCGCCGGAUCAAGCAUCUCUAGAUUCCACAGCCCAGACUGGACAAGCAAAUGGGGGUGAUUGGCAAGAGGAGGUCUAUCAAAAGAUUAAAGCCAUGAAGGACAUGUAUUUUCCCGAAUUAAAUGAUAUGUAUAACAAAAUUGCUACUAAAUUGCAGCAGCAUGAUUCUCUUCCUCAACAACCAAAGUCGGGGCAACUUGAGAAGCUGAAAAUUUUUAAGACUAUGGUGGAGCGUAUUAUAACAUUCUUACAGGUGUCCAAAAGUGACAUCUCACCUAAUUUUAGGGAAAACCUGGGUUCCUACGAGAAGCAGAUUAUCAAUUUUAUAAAUACAAAUAGGCCCAGGAAGCCUGUUUCUUCACUGCAGCCAGGGCAACUUUCCCCACCUCAUAUGCAUUCCAUGCAGCAGCCACAGUCACAACUUACUCAAGUUCAGCCCCAUGACAAUCAAAUGAACCCACAGAUGCAAUCAAUGAGCUUACAAGGUUCUGUUGGAACAAUGCCACGGAACAAUAUGACAAAUAUGCAUCAUAAUUUUAUGUCUUCUAUGUCGGGGGUCUCAGCAGCAUCACAAAACAUGUUAAAUUCCUUGCAGCCAGGUUCCAAUUUGGAUUCAGGACAAGGAAAUUCACUGAACUCAUUGCAUCAGGUUUCUGUUGGAUCUCUACAACAAAAUUCUGUGGGUACUUCUCAACAGGCAAACAUGAAUAUUUUGUCAUCACAAUGUGGAGUUAAUAUGCUGCCGUCAAAUAUUAAUCCCCUCCAGUCAAAUUCAAAUAUGCUACAACACCAGCAUGUGAAACAGGAGCAGGAACAAAUUCUGCAGUCCCAACAGCUCAAACAACAAAUGCAACAGCUCCACAUACUGCAUCAAAUGAUGCAGAAGCAACGGCUAAUGGAACAGCAACAGCAGCAGCAGUUGCACCAGCAAGCAAAGCAGCAGCUGCCGGGGCAGAUGCAGACGCAUCAAAUGCCACAGCUGCAUCAGAUGAAUGAUGUGAUUGACAUGAAGGUGCGACAGGGGAUGGGUGUCAAUCCUGGGGUCUUUCAGCAACAUCUUCCAUCGAGCCAAUGCUCAGUCUAUCCCCAUCAGCAGAUGAAACCGGAAGCUACAUUUCCUAUUUCUUCUCCCCAAAUGGUUCAGGCUGCAUCCCCUCAAAUGCCCCAACAUUCUUCUCCGCAGGUCGACCAGCAGAAUCUGCUUUCAUCACUCACAAAAACUGGAACCCCCUUGCAAUCUGCAAGCUCUCCUUUUGUCGUGCCAUCUCCUUCAACACCUUUGGCACCCUCGCCCAUGCCUGAGGAUUCUGAUAAACCAAUUUCUGGUAUUUCCUCACAAGCAAAUGCUGGAAAUAUCGCACAUCAACUGAAUUCUAAUACACAAGCAGCAGCAAUGUCUGUUGCAAUUGGCACUCCUGGGAUAUCAGCAGCACCUUUGCUUGCUGAGUUUACUGGUCCAGAUGGCACUCAUGGUAAGUCCUUGACAACCGUUUCAGGGGCUGGCAUGCAAAACCAAGGGCAAUCACUUCUUAUCCCAUUGUCAGCUAAUCAGUCUCAGCCAUGCCAACAGCUGUUCUCCCAGUACAUUCAGAAUAACAUGACAUCAACUGGACUUCCGGGUUCUUCUGGAUUGCCGUUUUUGCUUCCUUCUGUCUCUGGUUUAACAAAGACUCCAAUCCCCAGUGUUGUAAACCAAAAUUCCACCAUGCAAACUAUAUCUGGUGUUUCACAAGACACAUCACCUUCAAUGGGACAAGGGGUGCCCUCCAACCUCUUUGCCAAUUCUCAGAGGGAAAUGCAAGCAAUGCUACAGGUUCUUCCCCAGCUGCAACAACACCAAUCGCAGAACCCACAACAGCAUAUACCGUCAAAAGCUGCCUUCACAAAACCAGCAGCACCUAUAACACUGCCGUCAAUGAUGCCUUCACAAAAACAGCAGCAGCAGCUAAUGGGGCGACUUUCAAAAGCUGCAAACAUGCUGCAGAAUCAGUUGAUUGGCCAACAAUAUAGUGUUGGAGAUAUUGAGCAGCAACUACACCAGCGGUUGCUAGGACGGAAGAGUAAUCUUCCAAAACUGCAGCAGCAGAUAAAUCAUGCUCUGAUAUUUUGUGUAUUCAUUGUUUCUGUACUGUUGUGGUUCCUUUAUCUCGUAUGAACUUUAUAUGCUUGCGAUUUGUUUUCUAUAUUGCUGUCAAUUCCACUGUAAUAAUUUGCAUAUGCGAUCGCAGUUUUUCUUAUAAUAUUGGAAUUUCCUUUUUAUUGCA